AUGGUAUGUUCAGACUCUUACCGUGUUGGGAAUGUGAGACUUGGCGACGUCGCCCAGCUGGCUCGUCCGGAGUCGCUCGGGAGUCGCGCAGAUAACCGUCAUCAACAGAACCACUGGGGUUCAGCGAGUUGGGCUGCGGCCGAGGCUACAAACACGACUUCAACACAUGGCGCCUCUCAUCGCUUUGCUUCUCUGGGGUAUGAUGAACUUCCACCCUGCCCCGAGCCAUUUAUUAACGGUGACAAAAGUUUGACUUCAUUAACAAACCAUAUUUUAUUAGCAAAAAAGGGCAAACUCUUUCACCCUGUCCAUCGAUUGCCAACAUUAAAAUUGCAGCUUGGCACACACGACGAGAGUGAUUCUAAUGGCUAG